CGCCCACGUGCGUCUACUGAACCGCCUUCCUUUCUUGGCAACCUGAAAUGCGGUGAUAUAGGCUUCCUUGUUCGCAAUCGUCAUAUCGUCAUUGUGGUGGAUACAUCGCAGUGCUCAUUAACACUGUAAAGCAUAAUGGCUUGGCGUUGUUCUGGUCGCACAAAUGCAGACCUCAUCGCAAACAUGCAUGCAGCACGAAUUAUCACAGCAGAUAGAGUGAAGGAGGCCAUGACGAAAGUUGACCGUGCCAACUAUGUCAUGCGCAAAUCGGAUGCAUAUGAGGACUCGCCUCAACCCAUCGGGCACGGCGCAACUAUAUCUGCACCACACAUGCAUGCCCAUGCGAUUGAGCACCUUCUCGAUUUUCUUGGCCCAGGCAAGCGCGUUCUCGAUGUGGGAAGUGGGUCCGGCUACCUCUGUGCCGUACUCCACCACCUUGUCCCGGGCGGCAUAGUUGUAGGCGUCGAUCACAUCCCCAAACUGGUUGAUUGGUCAGUGGAAAAUCUCCGAAAAGACGGAAUGAGCUCCGCUCUUGACAAGGGCGAGAUCGUCAUGGUCACUGGCGAUGGCCGUAAAGGGUAUAGCGACCUUGCCCUAUACGACGCAAUUCAUGUCGGUGCCGCUGCGCCGACGAUCCCACAGCAGCUGAUAGAUCAGCUCAAGAGCCCUGGGCGGAUGUUCAUACCAGUUGGAACAUUUGCUCAACAGAUCAUGCAAGUCGACAAGGACGAGAACGGUGAGGUCACAAAGAAAGAUCUUAUGGGAGUUAUGUAUGUCCCCCUUACAGAUGCAGAGAGGCAGGAGAGAGGUUACUGAGGAGUUUCAGGAUUGAGCGUUCCAGAUCGGAAGGAGACUCGCUCUCGAACGAAUGUAGUGCUUCUGUUAUUUUCCAUGUACAUACGCUUUCAACUAAACGUCAAGCUGUAAUGUUAUCAGUCCCGUCGAUUACAAUAAUCAUGUACUUUUGUUCACCUUGUCAGGAAAGGGUAUACCCAGUCUCAUUCACCAAUAAUAGUAUGACAUCGGACUUCACAAGUCAAGAAGAACGCGACGGACUACGAGCGGGGACUUGGAGUCGCUGUAUGAUAUAUAUGACUAGUCGUGCUGGACAUCGGUUAUC